AUGUGGACCCCUGAUUUUGCUCUCCUAUAUGUUCUCGGGUCAAUUUCAUCCCUCUCUCUCUUUGGGUCCCUGUCCCAAAAAUACACGCUUUCAACUCCACCAUCUGUAACUCUGAUCACUCUCGCCCCGAAUCUUCCAUUUGUUUUGCGAUUCGGUAACGGAUUCUAUUAUAGUGAUCACCACGACGUCGGUAGCGGUGAUUAUGGGGCUCUUGGUGUUUCUCUGAAAAAAUCAGCUUCUGAACGGAGUCGUCAUUUGAAACCGUUGGUAGCUACUAAGCCUGUUUCACUCAAGGAUGAUGAAGAUGAUGACGCCGCUAUCGCUGCCAGUAAAACUAAAGUUAUCGUUUUCUACGGCACCCAGACGGGAACAGCAGAGGGAUUUGCUAAGGGUGAUUAUGCUGUGGAUGAUGAACAAUAUGGAGAGAAGCUCAAAAAGGAGACUCUAGCCUUUUUCAUGGUGGCCACUUAUGGUGAUGGUGAGCCAACCGAUAAUGCUGUGAGAUUCUACAAAUGGUUUACUGAGGCAAAUGAAAAGCAGCCCUGGCUUCAACAACUCACAUAUGGUGUUUUUGGUCUGGGUAACCGUCAAUAUGAACAUUUUAAUAAGAUAGCAAAGGUGCUUGAUGAGCAACUUUCUGAACAAGGUGCUAAACGUCUUAUUGAAGUUGGUCUUGGUGACGAUGAUCAAUGUAUUGAAGAUGAUUUUACUGCAUGGAGAGAAUUGCUUUGGCCAGAGUUAGAUCAAUUGCUUAGAGAUGAAGACGAUGAAAAUACUGCCUCUACCCCAUACACAGUUGCUAUUCCUGAAUACAGAGUAGUGAUUCAUGAUCCUGCUGUGAUGCACAUUGAGGAUAAUUACUCUAAUCAGGCAAAUGGGAAUGCUUCAUAUGACAUCCACCAUCCAUGCAGGGUUAAUGUUGCUGUUCAGAGAAAGCUGCACAAGCCCGAAUCUGAUCGCUCCUGUAUACAUUUGGAGUUUGACAUAUCAGGGACUGGGAUCACAUAUGAAACUGGAGAUCAUGUUGGUGUUUAUGCUGAUAAUUUUGCUGAGACCGUUGAGGAAGCUGCAAGAUUGUUGGGUCAACCUCUGGAUUUGAUAUUUUCUUUACACACUGACAAUGAGGAUGGCACACCCCUUGGAAGCUCAUUGCCACCUCCUUUUGCCAGUCCAUGUACACUUCGAACAGCAUUGGCACGAUAUGCAGAUCUCUUGAACCCACGGAAGGCUGCUCUCAUUGCCUUGGCUGCACAUGCCACUGAAUCCAGUGAAGCAGAAAGGCUUAAGUUCUUAUCAUCACCACAGGGAAAGGAUGACUACUCACAAUGGGUUGUCAGCAGUCAGAGAAGUCUUCUUGAAGUUAAGGCCGAGUUCCCAUCAGCAAAGCCUCCUCUUGGUGUAUUUUUUGCUGCAAUUGCUACUCGUUUACAGCCUCGUUAUUAUUCUAUCUCAUCCUCCCCUAGGUUUGUACCCCACAGGGUUCAUGUAACCUGUGCUUUAGUUUAUGGUCCAACUCCAACUGGAAGAAUUCACCGGGGUGUGUGUUCAACAUGGAUGAAGAAUGCAGUUGCUCUGGAGAAAAGCAGCAAUUGUAGCUCUGCUCCUACUUUUAUAAGGCAAUCUAAUUUUAAGCUACCAGCAGAUCCUUCAAUUCCAAUUAUCAUGGUUGGACCUGGGACCGGAUUGGCACCUUUCAGAGGGUUUCUACAGGAAAGAAUGGCUCUUAAAGAAGAUGGUGCAGAACUUGGUCCAUCUAUACUCUUUUUUGGAUGCAGGAAUAGGCGAAUGGAUUUCAUUUAUGAGGAUGAGCUCGAAAACUUUGUGGAGCGAGGUGCCCUGUCUGAGCUUAUUAUUGCCUUCUCGCGAGAAGGGCCACAAAAGGAAUAUGUUCAACAUAAAAUGAUGGAUAAAGCGGCGCAUGUAUGGAACCUAAUAUCUAAGGGAGGAUAUCUUUAUGUAUGUGGUGAUGCCAAGGGUAUGGCAAGGGAUGUUCAUCGCACUUUGCACACUAUUAUUCAGGAGCAGGAAAGCGUGGAUUCGUCAAAGGCAGAGUCUAUGGUAAAGAAACUCCAAAUGGAAGGACGAUAUCUUAGGGACGUGUGGUGAUGGCUGCCCAUUUUCAUUUUAUCCACAGGCCA